AUGACUUCUGGCCAACCGAAUAAGUUGGGUAUUACUCCAUACUUAGUCUUUCUUGUCCUGGUCGCGACCCUAGGUCCCUUCCAAUUUGGUUAUCACCUAGCCGAGCUCAACGCCCCUCAAGCAGUGAUAACAUGUGAGAAAAAGAGAAUUGGUACCAAUGCCGGCACCAACGCUCUCCCGCACCUCCCGCAAUGCAUUUCCAUGAAUUCAUCCCAGUUCGGUCUGGUCUCGUCAAUCUACACUCUCGGCGGCUUUAUUGGAUCCCUGCUCGCAGGUCCAUUCUCGAGCAAGUCUGGGCGACGGCUUGCAUUGCGCGUUGCAUCGCUAUUCCUUAUUGCAGGGCCCUUAGCAGAAUCUCUAGCCCCGGGGAUUCCACUACUCGCGUUCGGUCGGCUUUUGUCCGGAGUCGGGUCUGGUGCGGUUGUCGUGGUGGGCCCGAUUUACAUAUCUGAGGUUGCACCGCUGCACUCACGAGGCCUAUUUGGGGUAUGCACUCAGGUGAUGGUGAAUGUUGGGAUUCUGGUUUCCCAGGUCUUGGGAUACUUCUGGAGUCACGAUAGCAUGUGGCGGCUCAUCCUCGCUGCAGCUAGUAUUGUAGCAGUUCUGGGGCUUGCAGGACUCUUUAUGGUGCCUGAAAGUCCGAUCUGGCUUGUCAAGAACCAUCAGAGAAGUCAGGCCCGUCACGUUUUGAAGCGCAUUCGCGGUUCGAAUGCUGACAUUGAUGCCGAAAUCGAGACAUGGAGUGAUUCCAUCACCACUCCAAUUUCCGGCGAAGAAGAGUCUCUUCUACCCUCAUCAAAUGAUGAAAACCAGACAUCCAAGCAAGAGUCGAUCACUAUGCUUCAAGCUGUGCAGGAUCCAUACUAUCGACCUGCCAUUAUCGCUGUUGUUGCAUGCAUGCUCGCUCAACAAUUCACAGGUAUCAACAGUCUCAUUAUGUACAGCGUCUCUUUGCUACAGAGCAUCUUACCCACAGGAGCUGCACUGCUUACCAUUAUGACUUCCGUGAUAAACCUCGUUGCUACGGUCGUGUGCAUGCCUUUGCCCGAUCGUAUUGGUCGUAGGACCUGCCUCCUGCUUAGCAUCAGUGGGAUAGGCUGCAGUUCUGUCCUUCUAGCGCUCGGAUUUGCCCUGAACCAGAAGAUUGUCUCUGCAAUGGCCUGUUUGCUUUUUGUAGCAAGUUUUGCCUUGGGCUUAGGACCGGUUCCUUUCAUCUUGCCAUCAGAGCUGGCUGGGCCAGAGGCCGUUGGAGCAACUCAAAGUUGGGGCCAGGCGAUCAACUGGAUGGCAACCUUUGUGGUUGCGCAGUUUUUCCCCAUGGUCAAUGAUGCAUUGGGCGGCCAAGGUAAAGUCUACUGGAUAUUUGCAGUCAUUGCGGCCAUUUCGGGACUUGUAAUUUACCAGGUUCUUCCCGAGACUAAAGGGAAAUCUAGCGUAGAUGAAGUCUGGGGUCGGUUGGAGCGUCGACAAGACUAG